CCAGCCGUCUCGCCCAUCUCGCCCAUCUUCCACCGUCCACCACCAUCGCCAUGGCCACCGAGCUGCAUCCCGCCACCCGUGCACUGCUCGAAUUUCUCCAGACGCCGCUGGACGAGCUCAUCGCUCCAACGACGUCGUCCAACGGCUCCAAAGACCCUCCCGAGGCCCAGCGGCGACUUCUCGCGACCUUCGCGACCCUCGUAGCCCAUGUUCCUGCGUAUAAGACUUUUCUCCAGGCCAGUCGCGUCGAUCAUGCCACCGUUUCUUCCUUUGAGGAUCUCUUGCAAUCAGCGCCAUAUGUCGACAAGUUCAACUACAUCAACCAAUAUCAACUCGCUGACCGCAGCUUUGAUGGAAACAUCUCGACUCACGACUUUCUCCACUGCAGCUCUGGAAGCGGCGGCUCGCCGACGUUCUGGGGGCGCUUCUCGAAUGACGAGCUCGAUAUUUGCAUUCGCAUGGAGCAGUUUAUGCACGACUCGUUCCGGGCGCACCUCGUCAAAUCCCUGGUUGUGAUCUGCUUUCCUCUCGGAUCCUGGGUCGGCGGCCUCUUCACGAUUCUGACGAUGCGCAACCUCUCGAUGAAGAACUACAAGAUCACACUGGUGACGCCCGGAACCAACGUCGCCGACAUUCUGCGGAUCGUCCAGACCAUGUCGCCCAGCUUUGAGCAAACCAUUGUCGUGGGCUAUCCGCCCUUUGUCAAGACCGUCAUCGAUGCAGGAAUCUUGGCUCACGUCCAUUGGGAACAAAAGAACAUCAAGCUGGUGUUUGCCGGUGAAGUCUUUAGCGAAGAGUGGCGAGACUUGGUCCGCACCCGCGCCGGCAUCAAGUGUCCCGAAACCGACAUUGUCUCCAUGUACGGCACCGCCGAUGCAGGCGUCCUGGCCACCGAAACCCCAUUGUCUAUUCACAUCCGCCGCUUGCUGAGUCGCACCCUCGAGGCCGGUGACGAUGGCCACGGCAAGCCCCAGACAGAGAUUGUCCACAAGAUCUUUGGCAAGGAGCGACUUCCCACGCUCUGCCAGUACGAUCCCUGCGUCCGGUGGUUUGAGCUCACGCCCAAGCAAACCUUGGCCCUGAGCACGAUCGGCAGGAGCUCGGCAGCAUGGCCGACGGCGCCUCUGCUCCGAUACGACAUUGGCGAUGACGGUGGGUGUCUCUCGUACGAAGACAUGGUCAAGACCGUCCAGGAUCUGGUCGGGCAAGAUCCAGUCGCUCACUUGCAGACCGCCCUGGGCGACAGAGCGCCGCCGAUCCGAAAGCUGCCGUUCGUGUGGGUGUUUGGUCGCAAGAUGUGGGUCGUCAGCUACUUUGGGGCCAACGUCUAUGUCGAAAACAUUAUGGUCGGUCUGGAGCAGCCCGAGGUGGCGAGCUUUGUGACGGGCAAGUUUGUCCUCCAGGUCGCUGAAGACGAAGAAUCCAUGGACAGCUUCCUGCAAGUAAUCGUGGAGCUGGCCCCGGAUAUCCCGCCCAUGACCGACCUCGCUGCCACCCUGUCCAAGUCCAUCCACACGCAUCUGUGCCGCCUCAACUCUGAGUUCUGCAACUACGUGCCCAAAGAGCGCCAGACGAUCUCGGUGGUGCUGCACAACCAUGGCGAUCCGAAGUGGUUCCCGGUCGGCGUCAAACACAAGUACACCCUCUGAGGACGAAGAUCGAGAGAGAAAAAAGUCACUGGCAUGUCGACGAAUUUGAUAGUUGGCUCGAGUCGCGAUUCCUUACGCUGCAGUGGAAAGUCGGCUCAGUCGACUUCCAUGAGUGCUGGUGAGAGCCUCUCCGAUCGUCCGGCAUCGACGGCAACAGUGUCGUAAUUCUCAAGUCCGCGGCUCAACCCAAAGGAUGGAAGGGUGGAGACGCAAGCCCCAAUACGACCCCUGGGACUCCACCAGAACUGUGCAAUAGUUUUCUAUUAUGAUGGUGGUCAUGCCACAGCUCAGCAAUCAACAGACUGUCUUUGCUUGUGAACUAGUGGCACGGUUUAUCGUUUACACGGGCGGAGACAGGGGCAAAGCGUGCAAAUCACACAACG